UUCGUCGUUUGAUUUGCACUGGAAGCAGUCCAAUUAGUAUUUGCCCUUCUACACGAACGCAUUCAAAUAAGAAACUAAAGUGCAAUUGCAAAAUAGUUUAUAGCGCAAAACAAAAUGCAAUUGUGGUUAAACUUGGCGCUGCUGGCCGGCCUAAUGCUAGCGGUCUCUGGCACCAAGCCGCCUCGCUGGGAUCCCAACUAUAUUGUGAAGGGCACACUGUACAUUCCCUAUGCCGAAAUAGCUGAGCCCUUCUAUGCCUGGUACGAUAAGAACACAAAACGCUCCCGUAUCGAUUACUAUGGCGGCAUGGUGAAAACAUAUCAAUUGGCGGGUGAGGGACAAUAUGGCACCUCGCUGAAACUGGCACCGGUUACCACACAGGAUGCCCUCAACAAGCUGAGCUGUCUGCAGGUUAAUGGCACCGCCAAUCAGACUGUGGAAAUCCAAAGUGUUUUGCCCGAUGCCAAGCCAUUCCAACUGAUUGGUACUGAAACGUUCCUGGGCUUUACAUGCGACAAGUUUAGGCUGGAAGAAACAAUUGGUCAGAAGAAGAACGUCUAUACAUUGUGGGUGCGCUACAAGAAGUCACCACAUUAUCCAGCAAGCCGUAUGCCGAUUCCCGUGCGCUAUGAGAUGCGUGGCUAUAAUUCGUUGUUGGGCUCCCAUUAUGAUCAUUAUUAUCUGGAUUAUGAUAGCUAUGAGCAUGACGAUAUUCCCAAUGAAGUGUUUGAGAUUGAUGAGAAUUUGACAUGCACUGGUUUCCCGGGACCGGGUACUGGACACUUUGCCACCUUCAAUCCCAUGCAGGAGUUUAUCUCAGGCAGCGAUGAGCAUGUGGAUACGGCAUUCCAUCACUUUAAGCGCAAGCAUGGUGUCGAAUAUCAGGACGACAAGGAGCACGAGCAUCGCAAGAACAUUUUCCGUCAAAACUUGCGUUACAUUCACUCAAAGAAUCGUGCCAAAAUGAGCUAUACGCUGGCUGUCAAUCAUCUGGCCGAUAAGAGCGAUGAGGAGUUGAAGGCACGUCGCGGCUACAAAUCUUCGGGUGGCUACAAUUCCGGCAAACCCUUCCCCUACGAUGUGGAUAAGCUCAAGGAUGACAUUCCCUCGCAAUACGAUUGGCGUCUUUAUGGUGCCGUCACCCCCGUGAAAGAUCAAUCGGUGUGUGGUUCAUGCUGGUCCUUUGGUACCAUUGGACAUAUCGAGGGCGCUUUCUUCCUCAAGAAUGGCGGCAAUCUGGUGCGUCUCUCGCAGCAGGCUUUGAUCGACUGCUCUUGGGGUUAUGGUAACAAUGGCUGCGAUGGCGGUGAGGAUUUCCGUGUCUACCAAUGGAUGAUGCAAGUUGGCGGCGUUCCCACCGAGGAGGAAUAUGGUCCCUAUCUCGGACAGGAUGGCUAUUGUCAUGUUAAGAAUGCCACACUUGUUGCACCCAUAACCGGCUUUGUCAAUGUCACUUCGAAUGAUCCCGAUGCCUUCAAGUUGGCGCUGCUUAAGCAUGGUCCACUCUCCGUAGCCAUUGAUGCCUCACCCAGGACCUUCAGUUUCUACUCGCAUGGUGUGUACUAUGAACCAAAUUGCAAAAACGAUGUCGAUGGCCUCGAUCAUGCUGUACUGGCUGUGGGUUAUGGCAACAUUAAUGGCGAGGAUUAUUGGCUGGUGAAGAACUCUUGGUCCACCUACUGGGGCAACGAUGGUUACAUUCUAAUGUCGGCUCGGAAGAACAACUGUGGCGUCAUGACCAUGCCAACCUAUGUGGAAAUGUAAAAUCAUAUUCGUACGAUAUUAACAAAUAUGAUUUCAAUUGCCCCAAGGGCUUUAAAUAAGCAAUAAAAACAACAUGUUUAUACUCUUUUUUUUAUAUA